GUCCUUCCUUUUUUCUUACAUAAUUUCUAUAUUUAUAAAAUGAGGAUAAUGACGAGAAAAUAGAAUCUUGCCUGCUGAAUUGCUCCACAGAUCUAUAUAAGGAAAAUUUCUUUUUAUUUUAAUAUAUUGAAUAUAGUACUUAAUUAGAUCUUUGUAACAAGGAUUGGUGCGCGGCAAAUAAAUAGUCAGGCAACCCCCACGUUGAAUGGCUCGUGCCCCAGACCGGUCGUUGGUUAACCUUAAAGGUUGACUUUUCCUUUGGGAUCCCAUGGGCUUAACCGCUAGAGCUUCCAGAUUUGGUUCUUCUAUUUUUCGACCCAAAUCUUUGCUACCCAGGCACCUUCACACCAUGAGAACAAGGACAAUUUUUGGGAUUUCCCUUUCCCUAAUCAUCAUAAACAUGGCCGCUAUAAUGGAGCGCGCUGAUGAGAAUCUCCUUCCAGCUGUUUACAAAGAAGUCAGUGAAGCUUUUACAGCAGGACCAUCUGAUCUUGGGUAUCUCACAUUCAUAAGGAACUUUGUGCAGGGAAUUGCAUCACCGGUGGCAGGUAUUUUAGUUUUAAAUUAUGACCGUCCCACGGUUCUUGCAAUUGGUAUCCUCUUCUGGGCCCUAUCAACCGGUGCAGUGGGUGCGAGUAAGUAUUUUAUGCAGGUUGCUUUCUGGAGAGCAGUAAAUGGUUUCGGUCUGGCAAUUGUGAUACCUGCACUGCAGUCCUUCAUAGCUGAUAGCUAUACGGAUGAAGUCAGAGGAACGGGAUUCGGGUUUCUUAAUCUAAUUGGUACUGUGGGUGGGAUAGGAGGCGGAGCUAUAGCUACAGUUAUGGCUGGUCAUGAAUUCUGGGGCAUACCAGGAUGGCGCUUUGCCUUUUUCGUGAUGGCAACUUUGAGUACUUUGAUAGGAUUUCUUGUUUUCUCUUUUGUUGUUGACCCAAGGAAAAAAGCCAGCGGCCAGCGUGAUAUUUCAAAGCAUUCUGACAGGGAAGAAUUGAUAGAGAAGGAACAUUCAAAUAUCAAUUCAAUGUCAAUUUGGAUGGAGUCCUGGACAGCCAUGAGAAGUGUCAUCAAAGUUCAAACAUUUCAGUUCAUUGUUUUGCAGGGUCUAGUUGGAUCCCUACCUUGGACAGCCUUUGUUUUCUUUACACUGUGGUUUGAAUUAAUCGGUUUUGAUCAUAAUAGUGCAGCAGCACUUGUCGGUCUAUUUGCUGCUGGAUGCGCAUUAGGAUCCUUUUUCGGUGGAGUAGUUGCAGACAGAAUGUCUCGAAUAUACCCUCAUUCAGGGCGUGUCAUGUGUGCUCAAUUCAGUUCUUUCAUGGGCAUCCCGUUCUCAUGGUUCAUUCUCCGAGUUAUCCCCCAGUCUGUAAGCAGCUACUCCACAUUUGCUGUGACUUUAUUCAUAAUGGGCCUCACAAUCAGCUGGUGUGCUACUGCUACAAAUGGUCCAAUGUUUGCAGAAGUGGUGCCUUCGAAACACCGCACCAUGAUAUAUGCUUUUGAUCGUGCCUUUGAGGGUUCAUUUUCUUCUUUUGCUGCUCCAAUUGUAGGAAUUCUCGCCGAGAAAAUGUAUGGUUAUGAUGCCAAGUCAGUUGAUCCAUUAUUAGGAUCUACAAGAGAGGCUUUAGCAUUGUCGAAAGGCCUGUUUUCAAUGAUGGUUGUUCCUUUUGGUUUAUGUUGCUUGUUUUACACCCCUUUGUAUUGGACAUUCAAGCAGGACCGUGAAAAUGCAAGACUUGCUGCUGCAAAAGAAACAGAGAUGAUAUGAUGAUACCACAUUUCUCAUUUCUUUGUUAAUCCGUUCUUCUUGGACUCUUAGUGUCCAUAUGGCAAGUUCAGUUCAUUUGGAUUUGGAGUUUCUCUCUGUGACCACAUUGAUGAAAUCCUACUGCACUGCUGUAGGCCAAAACAACAGUUUUCCUGUCUAAUUUUGCAGAGAUGUCAUAUGGUGGUAGCACCAGCACAACAGGUUUACUAAUCUCAUCUAACCUAUCAAACUCAAAAAUGUACUGGUGCUGGAACAAGAGGAUGCAUUUGCUUACCAAAGAAUAUGUCUGGCUGAAGUAGUUGCUUUUGUAAUGUCAGACUGGAUAGAGGGGUGAGAGAUGGGUUUCGCAUGUUUGUCUAUGUUACAUGUAAAACCUACCACUUUUCAAGUUAGAAAAAAGCAACAUAACCAAAUGUAUCCUCUUACCAAGAUCGUUUUCAGUGUAAUAUUAAAUGUUUUUAUAAAACAAUAGAGUUUUAACAUGA